GCUUGUCCGGCCCCACCUCUCUCUCUCUCUCUCUCUCUCUCUCUGAGAUCGCCCCUGCAAAGAUCUUGUCUUCAGCAAUGGCGACGCCGGCAUUCGAUAAGUCCCAGCCCGAAUCGGUCCCGUCGGAGGAGACCUGCAACUCGAGGGCUGCGUCGAAGCACGGGGAGGGGCUGAGGCAGUACUACCUCCAGCACACCCACGAGCACCAGCUGCUCGUCCGUCAGAAGACCCACAACCUCAACCGCCUCGAAGCCCAGAGGAACGAGCUCAAUUCUCGAGUAAGAAUGCUCAGAGAAGAGCUGCAGCUGCUUCAGGAGCCUGGAUCAUAUGUUGGUGAAGUUGUCAAAGUUAUGGGGAAAAAUAAAGUUCUAGUUAAGGUUCACCCAGAAGGAAAAUAUGUGGUUGAUAUUGAUAAAAACAUCGACAUCACGAAAAUUACACCUUCUACUAGAGUAGCUCUCCGCAAUGACAGCUACGUUCUGCAUUUGAUCUUGCCUAGCAAAGUGGAUCCACUGGUCAACCUUAUGAAAGUUGAAAAAGUCCCUGAUUCUACAUAUGACAUGAUUGGUGGUCUUGACCAACAGAUCAAGGAAAUUAAGGAGGUUAUUGAACUUCCAAUUAAGCAUCCUGAAUUGUUUGAGAGCCUUGGAAUAGCUCAGCCCAAGGGUGUGUUGCUGUAUGGCCCUCCUGGCACUGGGAAGACACUUCUGGCAAGGGCAGUGGCCCAUCACACUGAUUGUACCUUCAUAAGGGUCUCUGGUUCUGAAUUAGUCCAGAAGUACAUCGGAGAAGGCUCUAGAAUGGUCAGAGAACUUUUUGUCAUGGCAAGGGAACACGCUCCAUCUAUCAUAUUCAUGGACGAAAUCGACAGUAUUGGAUCUGCUAGGAUGGAAUCUGGAAGUGGUAAUGGUGAUAGUGAAGUUCAGCGAACUAUGCUAGAGCUUCUUAACCAGCUUGAUGGAUUUGAAGCAUCCAACAAGAUAAAGGUUCUGAUGGCCACGAAUCGUAUUGAUAUUUUGGAUCAAGCCCUUCUUAGGCCCGGAAGAAUUGACAGAAAAAUUGAAUUUCCAAAUCCUAAUGAAGAGUCUCGACUGGAUAUCCUUAAAAUCCACUCAAGAAAGAUGAACUUAAUGCGAGGGAUUGACCUGAAGAAGAUUGCUGAGAAAAUGAAUGGUGCAUCUGGGGCAGAGCUGAAGGCCGUGUGCACAGAGGCUGGCAUGUUUGCUCUAAGGGAAAGAAGGGUUCACGUAACCCAGGAGGACUUCGAGAUGGCAGUGGCGAAGGUAAUGAAGAAAGAGACGGAGAAAAACAUGUCUCUACGGAAGCUUUGGAAGUAGAAAUGUCCUCCUAUGAGGGGCCAUUACUUUCGUGAGGCACCAAGAGCAUGGAAACUAGACACGCCCAACUCCUUUAUUUGCUCACCCGAACAUCUAGCUGCUUCUGUCUUUGUAAUCCUGCUUUUCGUUGAUGCCACAAAGUUUUAAUCUUGGACCGUAUAAAAUGUGGCCCGUGAAAAUGUUUUGGAUGUGGGUUUAUUACACCUUAUGAACCUGUUCGAAGAGAGGAUUGAAGAUGGUGGGACCUAAUCGAGAACAGUUAUUUCGAGAACAGUCUCAUGUAACUCCUGUUUAUGCUUUUUUCCUUUUCAAUGUGAAUGUCUAUUC